AUGUUUAUACCAAAUCCAAUUCAUAUCCUAUGUUUCGGCAAUAGCUUAACACAGGGUUUUCCAAUCAAUCAUCCAUAUGCAAUUGCAUUACAGGACACCUUCCAAAGCUCCUCGCCCUACAUCUCGAUAAGUACCGAUGUGCAAGGAUUACCCGGAGAUCAAGUUGUUAGUCCUCCUGGACACUACUUACCAAGACUAGAUAUCUUGUAUGUUGACACAGUCUUUGAAUAUUUGAUGAAAGCCUGGGAUUACGCUCUUUCUCGAGGAACUCAGGUUUUAGCCUUGACAGUCCCGGAAUGUGGUGCAUGUAGUCCAGAGCUUGACCAACGAAGAGAUUAUCUAAAUGAUAUGAUUCGUGCUCAUCAAGCUGAGAAUUUCCAUGUAUUAGACCUUCAUGAUUCUAUACCAUAUUGGAGUAUGUCAGAAGAGGAACGCAAGCGAAUAUGGAUCGAUGGUGUACACUUUACGGAGGAGGGCUAUGAUCGGAUGGGAGCUUUGAUUGGGGGUGAACUUCACAGAUUGAUGUUUGGUAGGGAGUCAAAGAAUGAGCAAGGGCAAGGGCAAAAAUAUAUGAUGUUUCAGAAGAGGUAG